AUGCCUCUUGGUUUAGAAAUGGAACAGAAGUCCAGUAUGAAAGAAAGUGACUGGUUCCUGAAGAAGCUGUGCAGGAAGGCUGCGGACAGGUGUCUCGACUUCAACACCUGCGGAUUAACAGCAGCAGCCACGAAGGAAGUAGCUGUUUUGCUGCCUUUCCUCUCAGACGUGGAGGAACUGGACAUUUCCUGGAAUGAUUUUGUCAGCGGGACCCUCCAUUUGUUCACUGAGCAAAUGCAUCUGGUCAGCAAGCUGAAAGUCCUCAGGCUGCGUGGCUGCGGACUCACCACUGAGGAUGUUCAAACUCUGGGAGCCGCUCUUGAAAUGAUACCUGCACUUGAAGAAUUGAGUUUAUCCUGGAACAGCAACGUGGGAGGAAAGUUGCCUCAGGUUCUCCAUACAUUCCGAAAAGGGAGCAAGAUUCGAACACUUGAGCUUGCGGACUGUGCCCUCACGUCACAGGAUGCGGAAUUUGUGGGUCACUUGCUACCUAAGCUGCAGAGACUCGAAGUAUUUGAUCUUUCCAUUAACAGAAACAUUGGCAGUAGUCUAGACAUCAUAGCACAAGGAUUAAAAAGUACCUCAGGCCUGAAGGUAUUGAAGUUGCAUUCCUGUGGAUUAUCCCCAAAGAGUGUCAGAAUAUUGGAUGGUGCCUUUGCAUCCUUGGAUGUGCUGAGGACACUGGAUCUCUCCGGCAACAAGGAGCUGGGCGGAGGCUUUGAAGAAGUACCUGCUCAGCUGGCCUUGCUGGAGCAUCUGGAAGUCCUAGAUCUUCACCAGUGCUCACUCACAGCCCAUGAUGUGGAGUCACUGACUCAGAUAAUCCCUUUACUCUCAAACCUUCAAGAGCUGGAUUUAUCAUCCAACAGAAAGGUGGGCGGCUCUUCCGAAAACCUACUCAGCAGGCUCCGAUUUUUACCGGCACUGAAGUCAUUACUGAUCAACGGUUGUGCUUUGGAAAGUGAGACUUUCACAGCCCUUGCCGAAGCCUCUGUUCACCUCCCUGCCCUGGAAACACUCAACCUUUCUUGGAACAAGUGUGUUGGUGGGAACCUGGAGCUCCUUCUUCAAACACUGAAGCUGUCAAGGUCUCUCCGAGUGCUGAGGCUGAGCAGCUGUGCCCUGGUGACAGAAGACCUGGUUCUCUUGGCCUCAGCCAUGCGGACAGGCCACUUAGCCGAGCUGCAGAAGCUUGACCUGAGCUACAACAACAGCGUCUGUGACACCGGAUGGGCCAUCUUCUGCCAAAACCUCUGCUUCCUUAAAAACCUAACUGAACUAGACAUCAGCCUUGGGCCAUCGAGUUCCCGGGGUUGUGGGCAAUGGUUUAGGCACUUAUUAUGUGCUGUGACCAAACUUCCUGUGGUCACUGAGAUAGGGAUGAGGAGAUGGGCUGUCCCAGCCUCACAGGAGGAGGAACUAGAAUGCUUCUUUACCCAUGACCACAGAAGGGGCAUUCACUUUGACCAUGGUGGUUUUCAGUGGGCUGCUCCCUAAAGAAUGAACACAUCUCCAAUGGAGCAAAAGAAUGUGAAUGAAUUGUGAGGGGCCAGCCCCCACAUUUAUUUACCCCAGGAACUCUUGAGGAAUGAGGGAUAAGAGACUUAGUUAGACAUAGAUGGGGAGAAAAACAGAUAGAGA